UUACAGGUUCCCAAGAUACAUUGGGAUCUGUCCACAAAGAGGAUUCUGACCAUGGAGUUUGCUGAGGGGGGGCAGGUAAACGACAGGGAAUACAUGAAGAAACACGGCAUCGAUGUCAACGAGAUCUCAGAGAACCUGGGCAAGAUCUAUAGUGAAAUGAUAUUUGUCCGUGGCUUUGUUCACUGUGACCCGCACCCGGGCAACGUCUUGGUCCGAAAGUGUCCUAAGAGCAAGAAGACCGAGAUCACCCUGCUUGAUCACGGUCUUUAUCAGGUCCUGGAGCCAGACUUCAGGUUGGACUACUGUCGGUUGUGGCAGGCUCUGAUUAGAGGGGACAUGUCGGGGGUGGAGCGUUACAGCCGCAGACUGGGGGCUGGAGAUCUAUUUGCGCUAUUCGCCUGCGUGCUCACUGCUCGAUCCUGGACCGCUGUGAACGCUGGCAUCAGCUCUGUGCCUGUCACACACUCUGAGGUAGGCCUACUGUAUGAGCUCCAACAGACGGAUA